AUGAGACUCCCCAAACUCCUCACUUUCUUGCUUUGGCACCUGGCUUGGCUGGACCUGGAAUUCAUCUGCACUGUGUUGGGUGCCCCUGACUUGGGCCAGAGACCCCAGGGGGCCAGGCCAGGAUUGGCCAAAGCAGAAGCCAAGGAGAGGCCCCCUCUGGCCCGGAGCAUCUUUAGGCCAGGGGGUCACAGCUAUGGUGGGGGGGCCACCAAUGCCAGGGCAAAGGGGGGCACCGGGCAGACAGCAGGCCUGACACAGCCCAAGAAGGAUGAACCCAAAAAGCUGCCCCCCAGAUCGGGUGGCCCUGAACCCAAGCCAGGACACCCUUCCCAGACAAGGCAGGCUGCAACGCGGACUGUGACCCCAAAAGGACAGCUUCCUGGGGGUAAGUCACCCCCAAAGGCAGGAUCUGUCCCCAGCCCCUUCCUGCUGAAGAAGGCCAGGGAGACUGGGCCCCCUCAAGAGCCCAAGGAGCCGUUCCGCCCGCCCCCCAUCACACCCCACGAGUACAUGCUCUCGCUGUACAGGACGCUGUCCGAUGCUGACAGAAAGGGAGGCAACAGCAGCGUGAAGUUGGAGGCUGGCCUGGCCAACACCAUCACCAGCUUUAUUGACAAAGGGCAAGAUGACCGAGGUCCUGUGGUCAGAAAGCAGAGGUACGUGUUUGACAUUAGUGCCCUGGAGAAGGAUGGGCUGCUAGGGGCCGAGCUGCGGAUCUUGCGGAAGAAGCCCUCAGACGCGGCCAAGCCAGUGGCCCCCGGCAUCAGGCGGGCUGCCCAGCUGAAGCUGUCCAGCUGCCCCAGCGGCCGGCAGCCGGCAGCCUUGCUGGAUGUGCGCUCCGUGCCAGGCCUGGACGGAUCUGGCUGGGAGGUGUUCGACAUCUGGAAGCUCUUCCGAAACUUUAAGAACUCAGCCCAGCUGUGCCUGGAGCUGGAGGCCUGGGAACGGGGCCGGGCCAUGGACCUCCGUGGCCUGGGCUUCGACCGGGCUGCCAGGCAGGUCCACGAGAAGGCCCUGUUCCUGGUAUUUGGCCGCACCAAGAAACGGGACCUGUUCUUUAAUGAGAUUAAGGCCCGCUCCGGCCAGGAUGAUAAGACUGUGUAUGAGUACCUGUUCAGCCAGCGGCGAAAAAGGCGGGCCCCACUGGCCACGGGCCAGGGCAAACGGCCCAGCAAGAACCCCAAGGCCCGCUGCAGUCGGAAGGCACUGCAUGUCAACUUCAAGGACAUGGGCUGGGAUGACUGGAUCAUCGCGCCCCUUGAGUAUGAGGCCUUCCACUGUGAAGGGCUAUGUGAGUUCCCCUUGCGCUCCCAUCUGGAGCCCACGAACCAUGCAGUCAUCCAGACCCUGAUGAACUCCAUGGACCCCGAGUCCACGCCACCGACCUGCUGUGUGCCCACACGACUGAGUCCCAUCAGCAUCCUCUUCAUUGACUCUGCCAACAACGUGGUCUAUAAGCAGUAUGAGGACAUGGUUGUGGAGUCUUGUGGCUGCAGGUAG